CUGUCAAUUGAAUGUCAUUUAACGGUAACGAUAGUAAUGAAUGGUUUGUAUGUUUGCAUUGAAUUGAAUGAAUGAUCAGAUGUUUGUCUGUAUUGUUGACCGCAUGUCAUGUCUUUGACUUCAUUUAUAGACAUUAUUAUUGAAUAUUAUAUAACAGUCUCUUCACUGAUGACUAAAUUGUUUACCAACUGAUCCAUUGAAGAUAUUGAGAGGUGAUCUCUGGACACAAAAAAACAGUUUCAUAUAUUGUUUGUAUCGUGAGAUCGAUUUAAAUAAAUUUUCAAAUUAUUAUUAACGACGUGAAGACCCGUUUGAUUUGAUUGUUGAUUAAAAUAAUUAUCAAUCAGUUGUGAUGUCAAAAAUGUUGCGAAACCUUAAUCAAUGCACAACUAAAUUGUUUGCCACCAGUGGCCACAGUUCAGGCCAUCGAUCGGCGAUUCCCAUUGCAUUGUCCAGACAUCUGUACUCAUCGUUGAGUACAUCCCAUGAAAUACCAGAGAAUCUGCGGUACGUCGAGGAGUCAGAAGAUCCGUCUUUCUUUCAUAUGGUUGAGUACUUCUACCACAAGGGAUGGCAAUGUGUUGAAGACAAACUCGUCGAAGAGUUCAAAGGCAAACUGACACCGGAGGAGAAACGCAAGAAAGUGAGAGGAUAUCUAUCGAUAUUAGGUCCGUGUCAUGCAGUUCUUGAGGUAUCAUAUCCUCUCAAACGAGAUAACGGAGACUACGUUAUGAUCAAUGGCUGGCGCGCACAACACAGUCACCAUAGACUUCCCUGCAAAGGAGGCAUCCGUUUCAGUACUGAUGUCUGUUUGGAUGAAGUGAAAGCCCUCUCCGCUCUCAUGACAUUCAAGUGCGCUGUAGUGGACGUGCCUUUCGGCGGUGCGAAGGCUGGACUUAAAAUAAAUCCCAGAGAUUUUAGCGAUCAUGAGUUGGAGAAGAUAACUCGUAAUUUUGCGUUACAAUUGUCUAAAAAGGGAUUUCUUGGACCCGGUAUUGAUGUGCCGGCGCCCGACAUGGGAACAGGUGAACGGGAAAUGAGUUGGAUUGCCGACACUUAUGCCCAGACCAUUGGUCACACUGAUCUUAAUUCACACGCCUGUAUUACCGGCAAACCUAUAAAUCAAGGAGGAAUUCAUGGAAGAAUUUCGGCCACAGGAAGGGGAGUUUUUCACGGAAUUGAUAACUUUAUAAACGAGGCCUCAUAUAUGUCAAUGGUUGGCAACACUCCCGGUUGGGGCGGAAAGACGUUUAUCAUUCAAGGUUUUGGUAAUGUAGGCCUUCACUCUAUGCGAUACUUGAAUAGGGCCGGUGCACGAUGUAUCGGAGUACAGGAAAGGGAUGGUAGUAUUUAUAACCAAAACGGCAUCGAUCCUAAAGAUUUAGAGGAAUGGAAAAUGAACAAUGGAACUAUUGUUGGCUUUCCUAAUGCUCAACCCUAUGAUGGGGAAAGCCUACUGUACGAGAAAUGCGAUAUUUUAGUACCGGCGGCCACUGAGAAGGUCAUCACCAAAGAUAACGCACACAAAUUACAGUGCAAAAUAAUAGCAGAGGCGGCCAAUGGACCGACAACACCGGCUGCCGAUAAGAUUCUUAUCGAUCGCAAUAUUCUGAUAAUUCCUGAUUUGUAUAUCAAUGCCGGUGGUGUCACUGUUUCCUAUUUUGAAUGGCUUAAAAAUCUUAAUCACGUCAGUUAUGGCCGAUUACUCUUCAAAUAUGAACGCGACUCUAACUAUCACUUAUUGGAGAGUGUUCAGGAAUCUCUUGAACGGCGCUUUGGUAAAGCCGGUGGACGUAUACCUAUAGUUCCGAGUGAAUCGUUUCAAAAGAAAAUAUCCGGUGCUUCUGAAAAAGAUAUCGUCCACUCUGGGCUCGACUAUACUAUGGAACGAUCGGCUCGGCAAAUCAUGAGAACUGCCAUGAAAUACAAUUUAGGUCUUGAUUUACGGACAGCCGCUUACGUGAAUUCAAUCGAAAAGAUUUACAACACAUAUAAAGAGGCCGGACUUACGUUCACAUAACCGAUAACUUUCAGCAAUAUAUACUCUAUAAGCGUAUUUCAAAUACUAAUCUCUUAACAAACAAUCGUUAGAUACAAUUGUUUUUUUAAAACUAUAAAAUUAUAAUCGUUAAAUAAGUUAAUAUAUAUACACUUUAUAUGUCGUGAUAUAUAGAUAACGUUUUAGUGAUUUAACAUUUUUUGGCAUAAAAUAAUAGGAUUUUAGUGAU